AUGGAGCUCGUUGGCUCUCCCUUAAUGGCGACCUAUGCCCACCCAAAAUCAACACCUACCAAGUUCCUGCCUGCCAUCAGCACCAUGGCUUCGAGCUACAAGAACCGUUUUCCUUACUACCCCUUGCCCCAGAGCUUCAGCCUCCCCUGGUUGCCCAGCGCCUACUACAAGACAGCUGGCAUCAACCCAACCUUGGCUCCCAUUUCCAAAAGCUCCCCAGGGUUGACCCCCAGCAAGAUGCUUCCUUUUGUUUCCAAUAGAACAACCCUCUUCACCCGCUACACCCCUGACGACUGGUACAGGUCCAACCUGACCAACUACAAAGAGUCGGAGGCUUCCCGGCACAACUCCGAGCGUCUGCGAGUCGAUACCUCCCGCAUGAUUCAGGAUAAAUAUCAGCAGAUAAAGAAAACCCAAGUAGAAAGCACCAAAAACCUGGGAGAACGGGUCAACAACAUUGAAUUUUGGAGAUCGGAGCUCUGCCAUGAGCUGGAUGAGAUGAUCGGGGAGACCAACGCGCUCACAGACAUGAAGAAGCGGCUGGAGAGAGCCUUGGCCGAGACGGAGGCCCCUCUCCAGGUCACUCAGGAGUGCUUGCUGCACCGGGAGAAGAGGAUGGGCAUCGACCUCGUCCAUGAUGACGUGGAGAAACAGCUCUUCACGGAGGUCGAUGUCAUCAGGUCCUGCCAGGAGCGGAUGCAGCGGUACCUGGACAAGGCGAAAGCCCAGCUUGCGUCCAGCAGGGCGGCCCAGCAUGAGCUGGAGAGGGACCUGGCCAACAAGCAGGCAGCCCACCGCAUCGACGACAAGUGCCACCACCUGAGGAACACCUCCGACGGCAUCAGCUACUACCGAGGGGUGGAGCGGGUCGAUGCCACCAUCUCGGUGCCGGAGUCGUGGGCCAAGUUCACGGACGACAACAUCCUCCUCUCCCAAAGCGAGCGGGCGGCCUCCGCCAAGCUGCGGGACAACAUCGAGAACCUGCUGGUGGUGACGGCCAACGAGAUGUGGCGCCAGUUCAAUAGCGUCAACGUCGCCUUCACCAACCGCAUCGCUGAGACGGCCGACGCCAAGAACAAGAUUCAGACCCACCUGGCCAAGACACUGCAGGAAAUCUUCCAGAUCGAGAUGAACAUCGAAGCCAUCCGAAAAGCCAUUCGGGACAGCGGGCCUCCGUUAAAAGUGGCUCAGACCCGGCUGGAUGAGCGCACACGGAGACCACAAGUGGAGCUGUGCCGGGACCCUGCCCAGCUCCGCCUUGUCAACGAGGUCCAUGAAAUCGAUGAGACAAUCCAGAGCCUUCAGCAGCGGCUGAGGGAUGCUGAGGACACGCUGCAAAUGCUGGUUCAUGCCAAGUCGGUCCUGGAGCAUGACCUGGCUGUCAAAGCCAACUCGCUCUUCAUCGACCAGGAGAAGUGCAUGGGGAUGCGCAAGACCUUUCCCACCACCACGCGGCUGCUGGGCUACGUCUAG